AUGGAUAUUUCAUCUAUAAUGGACAAGAGUAAACCAAUGGCACCCGAUGUAGCUGUGAGCGCCGUAUUAGCUCCGAGCCAAGAAUUGCCAGCUGAGACACCAAUAGUUUCUGGUUACGAUUGGGAAAAUGGCACGGAUUAUAAUAAAAUACUUGAAAGUUACGCGCGAUCCGGUUUUCAAGCCACUAACUUCGGGAAAGCGGUGGCGGAGAUCAACAAGAUGCUCAAAUGUCGAUCGGUUCCAUUGACUGAAGAAACCAGUGAUCCAUAUGAGGAAGACGUCUUUAUUAAGAAGAAAACUAAUUGUACUAUCUUUUUAGGGUAUACAUCGAACAUGAUAUCAUCCGGACUAAGAGACACAAUCCGCUUCCUAGUAAAAAACCGACUAGUCGACUGCAUCGUGACAACUGCUGGCGGUGUUGAAGAAGAUUUCAUAAAAUGUCUUGCUCCUACUUACAUUGGAGAUUUUAACCUUAGUGGCAAAGUGCUACGCACUAGGGGAAUCAACAGAAUUGGCAAUUUACUUGUACCAAAUGACAAUUACUGUCGUUUCGAAGAAUGGGUCACGCCAUUAUUAAAUGAAAUGUUAGACGAACAGAUUAAAGAUGGUACAGUUUGGACUCCAUCUCGGAUCAUAGCUAGGCUAGGUGAACGAAUCAAUGAUGAAAACUCAGUGUGCUAUUGGGCGUGGAAGAAUAACAUUCCUAUUUUCAGUCCAGCAUUAACUGAUGGUUCUUUAGGAGACAUGAUGUAUUUUCACUCAUAUAAACAUCCAGGAUUGGUUAUUGAUAUUUUAGGAGAUUUACGGAGGUUGAAUACAAUGGCUGUUAAGGCUAAUAAUACGGGUAUGAUCAUUUUGGGAGGUGGUGUCAUUAAACACCAUAUUUGUAAUGCAAAUUUAAUGCGUAAUGGAGCAGAUUUCGCUGUGUAUGUGAAUACUUCAAAUGAAUUUGAUGGUUCUGAUUCUGGAGCUAGGCCUGAUGAAGCAGUGUCAUGGGGCAAAAUACGCACAAAUGCGACACCAGUAAAAUUAUACGCGGAUGCUACAUUGGUGUUUCCACUGCUGGUGGCACAAACAUUCGCCAAAUAUCAUUAUAGCAAUAAAAAGAAUGUGUAA